UGGCAAGAAUUUCGCGAACAGAGACAAUCCGUCUUCGGAGGUCUUCUCAGGGUGUAACCUUCUCGGAAAAAGUUCGAAAAGGCACCGAGGGAAUUGAGAGUAAAAUUAGAAUUGAAAAGAGAAAUGGAAGCUACGGAGUGGAAUACUAUCGAGAAACGGGACAGAAACAGCCCAAGCGAGUGCACGAAGGAAAUAACGAAGAUGUCCGAGAAUUAAGGAGAGACGGAAAGCAAAGAAGCCGAAUCCUUUCAAGCAGGUUUCUCAUUCAUUCCUGAAGCCGUCAAGAGGAAAGAAAUCCACCCUUUUCCUCUUUUUUUUUUAAAGCGGAACAUUUAGUAAAAUUCCCUGCUGCAAAGAGGGAAUUUUUUUUUGUGAAACGAAACGAAGAGUUGCCGCUAAACGUACCGACAAAAGUGAAUGCAAUCGAGCUACGCAGUUUUUAAAACUAUUUUAAAAGCAACUGAUCGGAACGUCGACGCUUUCAAGAAUCUGAUGCAAAGGGAGAGAAUUUUACGAGAGAUGCCGACAGUUUCUCCGUAGGAUAGAGAAUUCAGUGAAAAUGAAUAUUUGAAAAACCUUUAGCGGCGGGAAAGCUCCCGUUUGCCGAGAGAGAGAGUUUCUCCGAGAGCGUACAAUCUAAAACGCGGCAACUGCACAGCAUGGUGGAGCACUGAUUACACGAGGUGAUUAAGUCGAGUGACAAAGGGAAAGUGGACUGCUCCGUUCGUCAAAUAAAAAUAAAAUAUUCAGAGUACCCGAAGCGAAAUGGCGAGUCGAAUGAAAGCGUUGUACAACCAGGUGAUCUUCGAGAGGCGAAUUCUUCUUGGGUGCACCGUUCUCGUCGGUCUGUCGGUGUGCAUAUGGUCGAUUGCCAUCGGGACCAGUCACUGGUUUACGAUCGAGGCGCCGGAUAAGGAAGGUUUGCCCCUUGGGGACCCGACCAAAGGCAGACGAUUAAUUUACAAGCACAUGGGCCUGUGGAGAGGCUGUAUCCAAGGGAUAGUGCCACAGUCGGAAAAUUCCACCGAGUUGGUCCCCUUCUGGGAGUGCAAGAACCAAGACAUGUUCCCGACCGAGAAACAGUUCAAAUUAAAUCCGGGAUUGAACACUGUAGUCAAUUAUUCGAGGACGCAGGCGUCGUUCGCGAUAAUCAGCCUGUUCGUGAUGAUAAUGGGUUUCUCGUUCUCGAUCUAUACGUUCCGUAAUCCACGGUACAUGUUCAAGCGACUGGCCGGCGGGAUACACUUCAUCAGUGCCGCUUGUAACAUGGUGGUGAUACAAGUGCUUCUGUCCUCGAUCGAGUUCGAAAGUAAACACGUGCACACGACGUUCCCGAAGGGCGCGAUCAUGAGAUACGACUUCUCGCUGAUCCUCGCCUGGAUCGUGUUCCUCUGCAACCUGCUCGCCGGAUGCGCCUUCAUGCUGUUCUCCAGGAAACGGAAGAGGGACAAGGCACCGACUGAGGAGAUCGCCAUGGCCGACGAGCCAACCAUAAUCGGCCGUUGAUUCGUUUCCCCUUUCCCUGAAAAUCGACGAGCGAUUGAGCGAUUGAUCGUGACAGGAAGUUUCUUCGUCCCGGUGGAACGAAUUCGAUCUUACGAGACGCGGACGUAAAUCGAUGACAAUCGAGGCACGAGGCGACAAACGUUACGCUCGUCUCGUGUCCCAAACCCUUUUUCAGAAGUGAUGGCUAUCGAGAGGAAACGAAAUUGGUAUCGUUUGUACAGUGAUUUUUAAUCCCAUUUGUUUCGUUUUCUGCGGUUGGUCGACCAACUUUCGCGUGCAUUGUUCUAUUUAGCUCGUCGACGGCUACCGUGUAAAAGAGUAAGGCAAGUGUACUUCGAUGUCCAAUUUUCUCUCCCCUGCCCCCUCCCCCAAGUGGUUCGAUUGAUCGAUACUAAGGAUGACACGUCGUCGUCGUUGGACAUAUCGGAAACAGCAUAGAAGUAAUUUAAUUAACGAGAAAUGUUAUUUUUCUACUACAUUGGAACGCGGACGCUGUUAGCCGGGACCAUUGAAAUAGAGUAGAACCUCCGUUGUACGAGAGACAAGAGAAUUUUCACGUAUAAGACAAACGAUUGGCGCUGAAUUUGAUUUAUUACUCGAGACACGGUAAAGCAAAAUUGAUUGUUUCUAAAUAUCUUUGUACAUAAAUUCGGGAGAAAGAUACUGGUGUUUCAGUCGUCCUUUUCUUCGACGAAAUUAAAACGAUCGAACCUAUGGAUCGCAAAUUUCUUUUGCCAAAUUGCAUAAUUUUUUUUCAACAGGGUUCAAACCAUCCAAGCCUCGUUAACGCUUCGAAACAUCUUCGUUAACGCUGUCACUGGAUAGUUCAGUUCUUGGUUAUUGUUUAAAACAUUUUGUAAAACAAUCUCGUCGGUAAUUUCUAUCAGAUCGGUAUUACUCUGUCACGCUAGACUUGUCGCGAUCAUUGCAUUCUGGUAUUUUAUGCAACACUGCGAUGACUAUCCUGUUUCCUGAUUCCAGUUCCUUACUUUCUUCCACUUUGCGCAGCAAGAGUUUACCGCGAUGUAAGUUACAUCGUGAAACUUUACACCAAUUUCAAACUGAAUCAUUUGUGAAUUGAUUUCAUCUACACAUUUGUAGGCCAACACUUUUUUUACAAUGUGUAUGUGUAUCGUAGUACAACGGAGGUCCUACCUCACAUUAAACGUCUGUCAAAAUGAUGGCGCUAAAUUUAACGUAAAUGAAAAUUCUAAAAAAACAAAAUUGUUCGCGAUGCAUUAGCCGAUGCUAGAGCUUUUUACUCCUCGCGAGGGAAAGCUUUCCACGUGCGCAAUUACACAAGCUGUACACGAUUAACUGGCAACCGAAUACAAAAAUAAGCUGUUGUACGCGAUAGCCAGAGAUUUUGAUAUAACCAUCGAACCAUUUAUUUUUCUACACGAAAUUGUGUAUAUUUUUCUAUCUCCUUCGGAUAAUAUACUGAAUUUCAAGAGAAAGUUGCACCUCGAAUCUCCUCGAGGCGUAAUUUCGCGUGAUACGUUAUCACGAUAUCAAAAAAAAAAAAAAAAAAGAAAAAGAAAAAGAAAAAGAAAAAUAAAAGACAAUAUUUCUCUGUAAAUAGAUGCUCGUGUCCAGACGACAUUUCGUAGUCGAGGGAGUUAAACAAGAUAGAGAUCUGGACGUAGGACUCUCGAAAACAAUAAUUGAUACUCGUGUUCACCGUACGACGUAACAAGCCCAGAAACUGUUCCCGAGGACAUACAUACACGUACACCGAGAAGUGAGAAUCUGCCGUAUUAAUUAAACCCGGGAGAACAAUGUUCAACUGCGAAACUUUGCCAACUAUUUCGUGGGGAAUCAAGUGGAACGAUCUCGAGAUAUUCGGGAAUAUCGCGGUCUCGCGGAGUAGCUAACGUCAGUUACGCGGAUUAAAGCGAGCUUAGUUAACAAUCAAUGUGUAUGUGCGCGUGCCUUUGAAAGAGUUUUCAACAGAGAAGGAGGAGUGUCGCUAAUCCUCGCUUUCGCAGAUCCGUAACACCGUCAAGCGAAUUUAAAGAGUAAUCGACGCGCCUGGCUUAUUUUUGAAUCGAGCGACGAUGUUUCGAUUACUUUUUUAUACCUCUGAAUUGAAAUGCGUGAAAAGACUCGAGGACCUCAACAGCAGGAAGUCACGACUUUCAGUUGGGCUCGUUAACUGACGAUUCUAGUCAUCAAACCAAUGGAAUACAUUUUCACUCGAGACCGAGACACCCUCGAUUAUUGAUCGUGCCAAGUUUCUCUUGAUACUCGUUGAUCAACGCGGUCCUCCGUCAUGUGAAAUUCUGAAUGAUUUCAGAAGAUACUUCAGAAGUGUCUGUGUAAAUAGUAUCAAGUUAUUAAUCUCCGAUCGAAUUUCUCAACGAAACCGGUAAAAUCGGUAGAUCGUUCUCGCAUUGUUCUCUUUCUUUCGAGCGUCAACCGAUUGCCGAUUGGAAGGUUUCAACGACUUUCUAAGAUAAGUGAAAGCUGAUCGCGAUUUCUGUGACGCUGACUCUUUAAACCGUUGUUCUGUUUGAGGUAUUAAUAAAUUCGCGCACAUGUCCGAGAACUCGUGUGAAAGAGUUUAAACUCUCGACGAGUCUCGUUACGUCGAUUCGUCUGCUCGUGCAAACGUGAUCGAUGUCAUUUGCAAGUAUAUUCUUAUUAUUCUACGACUCAUCGCACCUCGUGGUUGUUUAAGUUUCGAAUUUGUUGUUCUACGUAUUAACCAUUGUGCGAAUCAACGUUUGCUAAUCAGAAUUUUGCGUUCCCAUUGCAACAGUAGCUCGUUCUGUGACUAUUGAACAAAAGACUUGAGUGCACGAGCAUAAUCGUAUCGAUGACAAUGAAAAACCGACAUUAUUUCGGUAAAAGAAGAUCGUACGACGAUUUCAUUUGGUAGAUCAUUUUAAAACGUUUUAAAAUGAGGUUGCAAGUUUCUUCGUUUCUUUCAAAGAUCAUAUAGAUCACAUAACUCCUGUUUUCUUGAGAAUUGUAAAAAUUCAAAAAUAAUUUUUUUCAUAACUAGAUCCACGACAAUUUUAAAGGUUGAAGAAGUCUCCCCCGUUUCUUUAAAACUUAUUGCACGAUUUUCUCCCAUCAUUUUAUCGAAUGUUGAAGGGGACAAAAGUUGAAGAAAUCCUAACAUUUUAUCAUCUGACUUCUAACGUUUAAAGUUCAAUAAAAUGGUAAAAAAAAAUUAUACAGCGAGUUUCAAGGGAUUCGUUGUAAAGAGAAAAUUUCAAUCUUCAAGGCCACACUGGAAAAAUUUUCGCACACGUUUGAAUUUUUUACAGUUUUCUCAGUCAUCUUUAAGUAAACUCAAAACUUCCGGAUUUAAAAUAAGACCUGGUGGAUUAUCUUUUUUUACAAAAUUAUAUGAUAAUUUUUCAUUGUAAUCGAUACUUAGUAAUCGAGUUAUGCUUCGUGUGUCAAUAUAUUACCUCGAGAGAUAAAAUACGCAAUAUUUCAUUUGAGUUUUGAUCAUUCACGUUUGAAGAAUAGUCCGAUUGGCAGACAUUGGUCGCAAAAUGAACUGUACGAAAGUGUCUGAAAGUUCCUUUGCCUUUUGCUUCUUCAAUAUAAGCAAGCUGCCCCCUCACGCGCUCUGAUAAAAGACAUCCUACUUUAUAUAAUACACGUGUAAGUACACGAUCACAAAAAUAAAUACAAUUGUUCUUUUCCACGAUCGAAAUAAAGGGUUAUUCACAGGUA